UAUCUCGAAAGGUCCUUUUCUGUGAUCUGAGCAUGAGAAAGAACUAGUGGCCUCAUUUUUUAAGUUCCUUAGAAUGGAGAUUUUUAGCCCAGAAAAAGAGAAAGCUGCAGUAUGUUUAAGACUGAACUAUAUCCAUUCAACCACUCCCAGCUUCUAACCCCCUAGAAGGACCAAGUGAGUCCAUUUGCAGUGGAAUGAAACCCUAAUUUUUAGAACCAAAUUGAAAGUUUGUUUCAACUACAGGCCUAAAUGGUUGAUCCUAAGAUCAUUUUUCUAUUCUAGUUGGAGCAUCUUGCUUCAUUUGAUCUUUAUUGAAGACAGUUUUAUGUUAAAACCAGUGUGUGUGAUUAUAUGAUAAUAUGGAACGUCAAAGGGUUAUUUUUGAAGUUUUAGUACUCAUUUUUACUUGAUGUCUUUUUGAGAUUUGUCCCAACCCUGGCACAGACCUGGAGGCAUUGACUUUGUUUUCAAAGCAUUUUUCAGUUCAAGAAUGCCCCUUAAAAUGAUAGGUAGAAAUAGAGAGUGCCAAACACUCAUUCUUCCCUUUUAUCCAGAAUUCUCUUGCUUCACUGUUUCCCCAUGUUCAUGAGCACAUGGGUGAAAGACGGUGGGGAACGAUGGAGAAGAAAGUUUUUGAUUAGGCUUCCUGGGAAUUCCAUCCUCAGCCUAUCCUCUGUCAGUUCCAGGCUGCCUACUUCUGAGCUGCACUGCCAAGGACAUAGUCAUUGGAGGACAGAGUUGUUAACCAUAUACUUAAGUACACGCAUAUUUAAAGACAAUUCCAGCUGCUUUGGGAGGUAAAAAUAUCAAAGUAAAUUUGUCAAAGCAUCUGCCAUCGUUGAGCUGUAAUGUGAGGGCUAGGGCAGCUUAAACACUGUUAAAGUGUGGCAGUGGGCCAGCAUCAUGGACAUCACCUGGGAGCUUGUUAGAAAUGUAGAAUGUCAGGCCCCACUCCAGACCUUCUGGACCAGAAUCUGCAUUUUAGUAAGAUCUCCAGAUGAUUCAUAGACAAGUUCUAGCAGCAGUGGACUAGAAUACAAAGUGGGAAGUGCUGUGAGAAUUCAGGAUAAUUACACUUUUUUUUUAGCUCUUUACAUAAAAUCAUGUUGAAUUUUCAUAACUCCAUGAAGUAGGUACUGAUAGUAUCCUAAUUUGACAGAUAAAAACUUAAGAUAGAGAUGAAGUAUCUUGCCUAGCUGAUAAAAGCUAGGAAGAGGUGGAGUCCAGUUUCCAAUCUCUUCUGACUGGAAGACUAUCAAGGAGGGGAACUUAAUGUGAAGGAAGAAAGAUGGAAAGUUGCAGAUGGUAUUUAAAGUACCAAAAAUAGCACAGUUCAGUGAUUAAACCGAGUGUAUUGUUUGUGAAAGUGAAUAGUGAGAAAGUUUGAAGUGUAGGUAAAAGUCAGGUCAUGCAGAUCCAACUCCACCCAUACAUCCAGUGUUGACAUUUCCUCAUUUGAGAAAGAUGGAAAACUGGUGCAUGUUGUUUCUCUGAAUAACGUGACCUAUGAAAAAGUCCAUUUUUCUUUCUGAAAGAAACUUCUACAAGUCAGACAAGUUGCUCAAUCCCCUCUCCACCCCACAGGAGACUGAUGCCUCCUGGCUUUAUACUACUGAUUCAGGAGCAAAGCCGUCUCUUACGUAAAGCUGAGUUUAGAAAGAGUGGCCCACUCUACUCUGACCUGCUUGGUCUACACCUGCAUUUGGAGGUCUGAACCACUUUGAGGAAGGUAACCAGGAUAGUCACGUAAUUUAAAAACCCGUCAACCUAUAUUUGGCAGGUUUAGCCUGGAAAAGAAGACAAGGAGGCACAGAAAAGCUAUAGCUAAAUAUUUACUAAGCACAUACCAUCUGCUAGCUCCUGGGGAUAAGAGUGUUGAACAUGACACAGUAAGUUUCCUGCAUUAUGGAGAUUAGAGUCCAGUAAGGAAGACAGACAUUAAACAAAACCCUGCAAAUAAUUAGUUAAAUGAAAGUGCUGCAAAAGAAGCUCUGUGAGGGAACCAAAAAAGAGGACAGGAAAAGCUUCCUUGAGGAGGCCAUGUUUAAGCUGAAACCUGAAGAAUCAAUAGGAAUUAGCCAGACAGGAUAAUCCAAUUAUGUGCUGAGGCUUUGAGGUGCAACAGCUUGUUGUGUGAGUGACAUUGACAAGUCUAGUAUAGCUAGAGUUGAGAGAAUAAAUGGGAAAGGGAAAGGAGAGAAGGUUGGAUAGAUAAGCAAGAACCAGGUAUUUUAGUGCCUUGUAACCAUGUUUUAGAUUGUGAAUUGUGUUUGAAAGGCAAUGAAGAACCUAUUGAAGGCUUGAAAGUAGGCGUUGCAUAAGUCGUAAGUUGCAGUGCAUAAGUCAAAAAGUCCUAAUAGGGCAUGAUGUGGAAGAUUACUGAGUGAAAGUGACUGUGAUGUCUGGCUGGAUGGAUAGAUGGAUGGAUGACACCAUCUAAAGGUGAGCUGAGAUGCCUUCCAUAGUGAGAAAUUUAUCAUUGGAGGUGUUCAGGUGUCCAAGAGGGGAGUCAAACAAUAAAUGGAUUUUUUGGACUAGAUUCUCUUUGAAGCACCUUAUACUAGUGAGAUUUACAAUACCUUGUAUUUGGUUAUAAAUGUCACCACAAAUAAUCGUUGUCCUUAUCUGUAUGUGUAGCAUGGUUCUUUUACACAAAUUAUCGAAUUCUCAUUACAGCUCUAGAAGGUAGGAAUUACUCCCACUUUAUAAAUGAAGAUAUUGAGCCUCAGCUCAAGUAACUUGCCCAAAAUAACAAGGUUAGCAAAUAGUCAAAUAGCCAAAACCCAGGUCCAUUCUUCUCCCGAAAGCCUAUCCUCUUUACACCUACUCUAUAAAGCUUCUGUACAAACAAGUACACAAAUAUGGUAAUGGGCACUUGAUGAAUAAACAGUUUAGGCUAUAAAGAUAUUUGGAAUUCUAGAGGACUUUUCAUUCACUUAAAAAUUAAUACCUGGUAUGUGCCAAGCACUAGGGGUACAGCAGUCAAAAUGGACAUGGUCCCUGUCUUCCUUGAGUUUACAAUAGUCAGAGAAGACAUAUUAAAACAAAAUUGCACAAAUAACUAAUAGUUUUAAGUGCUUUGAAAGUAAAGUAUAAGGUGCCAUGUAACAGGGGGAUCUAAUCUAGUGCAGGGAGUUGGGUAAUGAUUCAGUUGUCAUAACCCUAUCUUUCUCCAAAAAGUUUCUGGUUACCAUUCUUUAAUGGUUUCUGACCUAUGUUUAACCUGUUAUAGUCAAAUCCCAAGUCUUCUCUGAGUAACUUUUAUUCCUUGCUGGAAAGGAUUCUGGCUCUGGUCAGUCACUAGCAGACUAUGAGUUUAACAUCAAUAGCAGUCAUUCCUAAAUCAGUAGGUCAUUUCAGCCUGACAUAGUACUAUAUAUUUCCAGACUACAUUUUCUGAUGUGUCUCUAACGUGUCAAGCAAUUUGCCAUCCUCCCCUUUCUGUAGGAACAAAGCAGUAAUUUCUUUUCCCCCAAGCUUCCCAAUUCAUGUUCUUUCUCUCAGUUAACCAGAAUGAACAAGCUGGAAUAGCAUCAGACAAUAUUUUUCUAAAAAUUAUUUGUCAUAACUGGCCCUUAUUGUGCCCUUCCCCUCUUAUUGGUGCAAACCCUCUUGAAUUCUUGCUAUCUUUGUAACUGAUCUCACUAUUUAUACACUGGUGUGUGAACUAUCUUUUUUUCAUGUAAGCUUUGGGGAACAGAUCAUACAUUUUGUAUUUUCCUUGCUGAGUAGAUAGGUACUAGUCAGCAAACAAUUGAUUUGAUAACAUAUCAUAGAAGUUAUGGUGCAGCUUGCUACUGGUUACAAAGUGCUUAGAAAAUUAUACCAUUUGUUCCUAAUAUAAACCUUGUGAAGGAGGUGGAAUCCUCAUCUGUAAAAAGAUGUGCAAAAUAAGGCUCAAAUAUGUUAAAAGCCUUCCCAAAUCACAGUUUCUAAACAAGAGUGACAUGAAAAAAGGGAAUGCUACAAAAUGAUCCAUUGAUAACGUCGCUCCACAUUUAGCAAGUAAACCAACUAUUCACCCUUUAGGAAAGCCCUCUUUAAAUCCUAUCUCUUCAAAUCUCCACUGAACUUCAAUUUUCUCAUUUGUUACGUGAAAAUAAUUGGUGUCCAUUCCAUGGAUUGUUGGAAAUGUUUUAUAUCUUCACUGUCCAAGAGGGUAACCACUAGAGUAACGUGCGGCUACUUAAAUUUAUAAGUAAAGUGUAAAAUUCAGUUCCUCAGCCACACAUCCACACUUCAACUGACUAGUAGUUACCACAUUGGACAGAGCAGACAUAGAACAUUUCCAUCAUUGCAGAAAGUUCUAUUGGACAGUGCUGUGCUAGAGCUAGGACUUGCCAAAGAUCAGAGAAAGCAGUAUGACUGAACUGAAAACCCAGGCGAGUGCCUGGUGGUUUUGAGUGAGCAAGUUCAGUGGGUGAGUGGGGAGCAAGCUGACCUUUGGAACAGUGACAUCACAAAGCACAACUCACAGUGGCUCCAGAACACCUGGGCUCCCAGGCUACUCUCCCUAACUCAUAUCUAGGUUCCUGAAGCCUCUGCACAUGUAGUUUCUGGAGCUGCUGUCUUAUUAAAAUGUCAACAUCUUCAUCUUCUAUCUGGAACACCAUCAUAGAUUAUCUCUCUCUGGGCUCGAUAUGGAAUUGGCUACAAGCAACUCUUCUGGGAGAGACUAGUGUGCCUCAGCAAACAAAUUUGGGGCCACUAGAUAAUCUUGCUCCAGCUGUGCAAGUUAUCCUGGGGAUUUCCUUUUUGAUUUUGUUGGGAGUAGGAGUAUAUGCCUUAUGGAAACAAAGUGUUCGAUCAAUUCAGAAAAUAUUGUUGUUUGUAAUCACACUCUACAAACUUUACAAGAAGGGCUCAGAUUUUUUUCAGGCUUUGCUGGUCAACCCAGAAGGGAAUGUUCUCCCACUUCAAGACAAUAAUCUCUUCCUGUCCUUGGGUCUGCAAGAGAAAAUUUUGAAAAAACUUCAGACGGUGGAAACCAAAGUGAAGGACCUGGAGGGGAUGAUCAGUUCCCAAAUACCUGCCACGAAGAGGGAUUGCUCCUCUGAGCCCUACUGCAGCUGCUCUGACUGCCAGAGUCCCUUGCCCACAUCAGGGUUUACUUCCACAUCUGAAAUGUGAUGGACUCCAACCUUUUCCAGAAGAGUACUGUUUCCCUCAUGUGUGCGGUGGUGUAUCAAUAAAGACAGACAACUAUAUUGAAAUUACCCUGCAAGGACUGGCUGUCUAUUCAGUAGGGCCCAGCUUCUACUUGUGUGUGUGGUGGUGUAAUGUGGGGUAUAGUGGUGGUUAAAAAUGUCUCUGAUAUUGUGGUGCCCACUCAGUAGGCUGGAGACCAUAAGCAGCCAUAUAGGAAAGGCUAGCCAAACUGGAAUCCAUGGGAGUGGGAAAAGA